AUGAUCGCCAACGCUUCGACCAGAACAACAUUCAUCUCUUCAGUUCAGAACACUAUUCAGGAGUACGGUCUCGAUGGAAUAGAUAUAGACUUCGAGUACCCUGGAGCAGUUGAGAGAGACGCACCGGCGACAGAUACGCCAAAUCUAACCGCGUUUUUUGAACAAGUCAAGUCGACGCUUCCGGAUACUACAAUCAUCUCCAUCGCGACUCCUGCUGGCUACUGGUUUUUGAAGGGGUUUGAAAUUGACAAGAUAUCCAGUUAUGUGACCUAUAUGAAUAUGAUGUACUAUCAUGGGCCUUGGGAUACCAAUGUCACUGACCAAGCGCCCGUGACCAAUCCACAAACGUCCAUAGUAGAUAUCACUACAAGCGCACUUCUGUAUACAAGAGCUGGAAUAGACCUCUCUAUCGUAAACCUCGGUUUAGCGUGGUAUGGGCGAACGUUCCACCUAAGUGACACAUCUUGCCAAGGGUAUAAUUGCACUAUGGUUGGCGGUGGGGCACCAGGUGUCUGUACUGCGGCCUCGGGGAUACUGGCUAUGUUUGAGAUACAAGAGAUGAUCGCAAAUGGAAACACUCCUAUUUACGAUUCUGGGAGCCAGACAUACUGGUUUGACGAUUCGAACGGAGAUUUGGUCACAUUUGAUCAAGCAGAUACAUGGCAAGACAAAGUAACUUUUGCAGAUCAGACCUGUUUCGGAGGAACAUUCAUUUGGUCUGUUGAUCAGAUAAUCCCAGGGUACAAUGGAUCAACCAGCCUUGGGGGAGGCGCGGGGUCACUUGGAUCUUACACUGCAAUUGAAUGGAACCCCAAUCCCUAUCCAGCUUCUAACGUUCAGUCCGAGACAUUUGUGGGAUUUGGAAGCACAGUCGUCAUUCCCAUACCAUCUAGUACAACUCAGAUUAUUCUAGGCACCGAUACCAUCUCCGUUGGAGUUGGCGGGACACCUGUAGGAUCCAUACCUCCUACCGGUGUAUCCCUGCUCAAUGCAAUAACCCCUACAUGGACUUAUAACAUUAUCCCACCCACCAGUGCAGCUACAGUGACAUUUACCGCCCCCAUUGGCUCACCUGCAUCGUAUAUAAGUGCUGUAGCUGCUCCCACUUCGCCCGGAGACCCCGCACAAACAGUGAGCGGACCCAAUGGCGAC